GAGAUUACGUAAUACGAACCUUUGAUUGCAACUCUGUCUCUUUCUUUUGGGGACAACUAACUUGAUACUACUCAUAUUUCAACCAAUCCCCGUGUCUGGGGAAACAAAAAAUACGUGCUGAAAAAUAUGAAAAUGAAUAUUAUGUCGAUCUGUUCUUCUUCUUCGUCGUCUUCUGAAUCAGGGAGCGACAGCAGUAGCGGCGGCGGCGGCGGCAAAGCAUGGUUAGCAGUAGCGCAUGGCUUAGUUGCCGGAGCUGCCAUCGCACUGGCAGCUGGUGCUUAUCUUCGUCGUUCAUCCAAAUUCCGAAGCAGAGUCGUUGGAAUCAUUCCCGCUCGUUUUGCUUCCUCGCGAUUCCAAGGCAAACCCCUUGUUCAAAUCCUCGGAAAACCUAUGAUCCAGAGAACAUGGGAAAGAGCCAAGUUGGCAACCACGUUGGAUCACAUAGUUGUGGCGACAGAUGAUGAAAAGAUUGCAGAAUGCUGUCGAGGUUUUGGGGCUGAUGUGGUAAUGACAUCAGAAUCUUGCCGAAAUGGCACUGAACGGUGCAGUGAAGCACUUCAAAAGCUUGGCAAGAAGUAUGAUAUUGUUGUUAACAUUCAGGGGGACGAGCCUCUCAUUGAACCUGAGAUAAUAGAUGGAAUUGUUAAAGCGUUGCAGGGAGCCCCUGAUGCCGUGUUUAGCACUGCAGUCACAUCCUUAAAGCCUGAAGAUGGAUUUGAUCCCAACCGAGUGAAAUGUGUGGUAGAUAAUCAUGGAUAUGCGAUAUAUUUUUCAAGGGGGUUGAUCCCCUAUAAUAAGUCUGGGAAACUCAAUCCAAGCUUUCCUUAUCUGCUUCAUCUUGGUAUUCAGAGCUAUGAUUCUAAAUUUUUAAGGAUAUAUCCAGAGCUUCCCCCUACUCCUUUGCAGCUGGAAGAAGAUUUAGAGCAGCUUAAAGUCCUUGAGAAUGGGUACAAGAUGAAGGUGAUUAAGGUUGACCAUGAUGCCCAUGGUGUGGACACUCCAGAAGAUGUUGAAAAGAUAGAAGCUCUUGUGCGUGAAAAAAAUUUGUCGUGAUCACAGAAAAUGCUGAUGCAUAAAAGAAAUGCCAUUGGAAGCAGUGGAUGACAGAAUAGUAUAAUAGGAAAAUGCUGAGAAGAUAGUCUGAUGCAUGAUAAUGUACCUGAUGACUGUUGGAAGCUGUUACCGAAGAUAGGGUCUGAUUUUUUGAAGGUGCUCAGUUUUGCAGUUUUGAAGGUUGACAGAAUGGUUUGACCGCAAUAAAAAAAUUGGUUCUUCCAUUGAUUCGUUUAUUGAUUUGUAUGUACAAGUGCAUUGUGGGACAUAAUAGUAGUAGAGAUUUGCUAUAGACAGACCAAGAACCUCUAUUAGUUUUAACGGAUAGGAUGUGAUUUUGUUCUAUGUGAAUUCAAGUUCAAAUUUCCUGUA